AUUAUUUGUUGUUACUGUUUAUUGUUAAUAAUUAUUGAUUAUUUUUGUCAAAUAUUAGAAAAAUUGUUAACAGAGUUUUGUUGAUUGUCGUGAUUUUUUUGGUAAUUACAGAUUCCUAUAGUUGUGGAUAUUUACAAAUGUAAACUCAAGGUCUUGUCAAAGAAGAAUUUCUCUCAAAUAAAGAAAAAAAAUACAAAUAAAAGAGAUAAAAAAUCAUGGUCUUAUUGAACAAUCAUUGAAAUUGAUUAAAACAGUAGGAGUAUAAUAAAAAUCAAAUGAGAAUGUUGAAUUUUUAGCUUGAAGUGUUGUUUACAAUAAAUUUUUUUAACAAAUAGCCAAUCUCUGUAUUAAACUAUGUACGUACGUCACUGUAUCACUGCAUGAAACAUCAAGACAAAAAUGGUCAAAUAAAGUGUUAGUUUUUUUAUUGACAAUAUUUCUUGAGUUAUUUACAAAAAAAAGAAAAAAUUUUUUGAUAAACUUGUGUCAUUGUAAGAAUAAAUUAAAUUUAAAAAAAACAAAUCAAGUUAAUUUACAUUAACAAAUAUUUACAUUAAUUUCUGAUAUGUUCAUGUAACCUAAAAAUUAAAAAUAAAUAAAUAAAUAAAUAAAAACAAAUAAUUAUUAAAAAUAAAAAUGGCUGUGUCUGUUAAUGAAAUAUGUGAAAACACAAAAUUAGCUAGAGACAUGGCAUUGACUGGUAACUACGACACAUCUGGAGUAUAUUAUCAAGGUGUUAUUCAGCAAAUCCACAGAUUAUUAGCAACAAUUGUUGAUACAACAAGAAAAGCAAAAUGGCAACUUGUUCAACAACAAAUUGCAAAUGAAUUUGAAAAAGUAAAAUCAUCAGCACAUACAUUGCAAUUAUUUAAAGUUGAUGUAAGAAGUGAAAGAAUGCUAGGCUCAGCAUCAUUACAAUAUGAGGAACCAACAAGAGAUGCAGCAUUAUGGUCAAGUGGUAGUAUGGGAUCAUCAUGGGGUGUUCAAACACCUCGUGAUCUUGAUGUAUGGUUACCACCAACACCAACCGAACAAAAAACAUCAGUUAAAUCACAAAAUAUUAAUCGUAAACAGCUUAAUCGUCCAGGUUUAAAAAAAACAGUAACAACAGCUAGUAAAAAAAAUGAUACUAAAACAACAAAUAAUAAAAAAGAUGAUAGUAGUAAAAAAAAUUUAAAACGUGAUGAUAAAGAAAAAACAGAAAGUGAAAAAAAUGAUGUUGAAGUUGAAGAACGUAAAUUUGAAUCAGCUGGUAAUGAUAAAGAUCUUGUUGAUGUUUUAGAACGUGAUAUUGUUCAAAAAAAUCCAAAUAUACAUUGGGAAGAUAUUGCUGAUUUACAUGAGGCUAAACGUUUACUAGAAGAAGCUGUUGUAUUACCAAUGUGGAUGCCUGAUUUUUUUAAGGGUAUACGAAGACCAUGGAAAGGUGUAUUAAUGGUUGGACCACCAGGUACUGGAAAAACAAUGCUUGCUAAAGCUGUUGCAACUGAAUGUGGUACAACAUUUUUUAAUGUAUCAUCAUCAACAUUGACAUCAAAAUACAGAGGUGAAUCAGAAAAACUUGUACGUUUAUUAUUUGAAAUGGCAAGAUUUUAUGCACCAAGUACAAUAUUUAUUGAUGAAAUUGAUUCAUUGUGCUCGAGAAGAGGAUCAGAAUCUGAGCAUGAAGCAUCAAGAAGAGUCAAGUCAGAAUUACUUGUACAAAUGGAUGGAAUUAGUUCAAAUAGUGAUGAUCCAAGUAAAGUUGUCAUGGUACUUGCAGCAACAAAUUUCCCUUGGGACAUUGAUGAAGCAUUGAGAAGACGUUUAGAAAAACGUAUUUACAUUCCCCUCCCAAAUCGCGAAGGUCGUGAAGCAUUACUUAAAAUUAAUUUACGUGAUGUUAAAGUUGAUGAUUCAGUUGUACUUUCUGAAUUUGCUACAAGACUUGAAGGAUAUUCUGGAGCUGAUAUUACAAAUGUUUGCCGGGAUGCAUCAAUGAUGUCAAUGAGAAAAAAAAUUGCUGGUUUAAAACCAGAUCAAAUUCGUCAACUACCAAAAGAAGAAUUAGAUUUACCAGUAUCAUCUGAUGAUUUUCAUGAAGCCAUUGACAGAUGUAAUAAAAGUGUUUCACAAGAAGAUCUUGAAAAAUAUGACAAAUGGAUGAAUGAAUUUGGUUCAUCAUGAUAUAUAUUUAGAAAAAAAGAGUCUUCCAAUUUAAUAUUAUUAAUUAAGUUGAUAAUUUUUUAUCUAUCUUUAAUUAAUUAUUUUAUAUUUUAUUUAUCUUAUUUGAAUGCCAUUUAUAUGCCAAUAUCAUUGUUAAGAAUUUUUUAAAUAUUGUUUUACUAAUUAUUUUUAUUAUUAUCAUUUAUUUCUUCUACUUUUUGACGUAUUCCAUUUACAAUAUUUUGGAAUUAAUUUGUUGUUUUUCAUUAUUUUAAUAGAUUUAAAAAAAAAAAUUAAGUUAUCCAAUUGUCUGAUUUUAAAUAAUUCUUUAUCAAUGAAAAAUAAAAAAAAGUUACCAU